CUCUCUCUAUGUCUGUCUGUCUGUAUAUUUACCGCUGAGCGCGACAGUCACUCGGCCUGACUGAGAAGCAGCGAGAGAAGAGGAGAAACAGCAUGACGGCCCUCUGGAUUCUGUCUGUGUCUGCGCUGAUGUGUCAGAUGUCCAUCACUGCGUCUCUGCACUGGAGGAAAGCUCUGUUCCCAUCAGCCUUCAGAGUGAAGCGAGGGACGCCAGCGCUGCUCAACCCCACGUUUCAGAAAUCAGCGGAGGACGCCAGCCUUCUGUACGAGGUGUUGUGGUCGGGAGGGUACAUGGAUGCGGCGGACGGGACGCUCCACAUAUCCGAUCAGGAGCUGGUGUCCAUGAGGAAGCUAGAGCUUCUGGAGGUCCUGUGUGAGGACGUGCUUCCCAGAAGCCUCUCGGAGAUCCAGCGGCUCAGUGCUCAGCUGGAGCUGCGGCAUGGCUCGCUGCGGAUGGACGACUUUGAGCGCACCGUCCUCACGAUGGUGUUCACCGCUCAACAACUCCCACAAACCAGCCCCGGCCACCAGAGAGAGCUGUGGGCGAACGCACUCCUGCGACUCUAUAAAGCCAUUAAAGGAGACCUGCGGCCUGCAGAUGACUGACAGACAGACACUGAGAGGAGCGGCUCACAUCACAUCAGUCCACUGCAGUGCUUCUCAACCCGGGGCUUGGGUUACAGGACUGUCCCGGCUAACAGGCAACAUUCUGGCAAGCUUCUCUGAAAGUUAUGAACAAACGUUCAGUCGCAUGAAUAGUAGCCUACAUUCUUUAAUAAGAUUAUCAAAACAUUAGCACAUUAUAUAUUCGUUGUUCAUGGACGUUUUUCUGAAACAUUUUAGUUGAAUAAAUGAUCAAAUGGAACAUUCCCUUAACAUUCACUUAACCAAGAAAAAAAUGUUUUUUAAACAUUUAAAAAACCAUGUUAGGAAUGUUGAGAGAACAUUAGAAAAACUUGAACAUAAUUUUGUUGGCCGGGUUCUGAUCGCAGAUAUUAGAGGAAAAACAAUGCUAAAUGCAAAUAAUAAAUGCAUAUAAUCAUAUAGAGUCAAAUUAGGUGAUGUCAGUA